CAGGCCUGGGUUGCCAUGGAUACCGUGUCCCUGGAGCAUCAGAUCCAGAGCGUGCAACGCCACAUCAGCUUCCUCAAAAAAGAGCAGAUGGCCCUGCUGCGAGACCUGCACCUGGAAAUCCUGAGGCUGCAGAAACGCUGCUCAGAACUGACCCAUGACCUGGAGAUGAGAGAGGCCCAAUCUCACCAGCAAGAGUUGGCGACCCGGGAACUGGAGAGCAAGUGCCGCGAGCUGGAGUCACAGCUGGCGGCGCGGGCGGCGGCCAACGCGGAGCUGCGGCGGGAGCUGGCGCAGCGCGAGGCGCUGGUGUCGGCGCUGCGCUGCAGCCUGCGCGCCGAGGAGCGCCGCUUCCUGGAGGAGCUGCGGCGCCGCAGCCACCGAGCCACCGUGCUGGGCACCGAGCUGCAGAAGCACACCGAGGCGGCCGCCUACCUCUCCUGCCAGCUGCACGCGGCGCGCCAGAAACUGCAGGCUCCGCGCGCGGGCCCCGGCGCCGCCGCCCCCGCAGCCGAGCCCCGGAUCCGCCGGCGCGCACAGCGGGCCCGCCGCCCGCCCGCAGCCGACGCCGCCGCCAAGGGCCCCGGCCGGGACUGGGCCGCCUGGGAGCGCGCGGCCGGCGCCCCGGACGACGCCGAUGCCAUGCCCGACCCCGCGCUCUUCCUCUACGCCCGGAGGCCCCCGCGGCCCGGCGGCCGCAGCCCCCGCCAGCCGCCUCCCCGGGAGCCCCCGGACCAAGCCGGCCUGCCGGCCGCGCCCAGCCCGCCCGGUGCGCCGGCGGACCCGGAGUAAGCGCGGAGCCGGCGGGGCGGGGAGCGGGGGAAGGCCGGCCCGCGCCCCGACGAGGGACGCAGCUGGGGCCGCGCGGGCGGGUCCCGGGGAGCGGGCGGAGGCGGCCCCUGCUCCCGCGCCCCUUCCGGCCGCCCCCGCCUUUUGUAUUCAUCAACUCCGCCGAAGCUUUGAGCGCUCCCCUCCCGCCCGGGAGCUCCUCCGCUGCGCCCAGCGAAUGCACCUUUUUUUCUAGGAGAGGACGCACAGUACCGAUCCUUAUCUGGUCCCCACCCCGCCACGGGGAGGGGAAGGGGCGGGGGUCACGCCCUGCCCUGGGAAAGCUGACAAUCGUUCGGCGGGAGAGGAAAGGCUGGGCCGGCCUACGGAAAAGAACCAGAGUGGCCCUUAGCAUCCUUAGGCCUUCCAGCUCCCCGCUGCGGCCUCCCCCACCCCCGCACGGCUGCCCUUCCCGCCGGGCCUUCCUCCAGGGGGAGGUUCGGGCUGGAGGCUUAGAGGCUGGACCUUUUCCUCGGAAGCCGCUUCUCCUCCCCCUUACCCUGCUGAUAGGUCCUUACAGGUGAGCACGAAACACUUUAGAAGACGCCUCCUCCAGAGCCUCUGGUGGGGAAAGUGUGGACUUAAGGAAGUUUGAACUUCUGGAAAUUAGCACCCAUAGACCCUUAGAGAAGAUUUCAGACUGGGUUUGGCGGCAGAUCCUGGUCUAGAGCUGUCUCCAGCUCAGUUCUUCCCCAGGAUGCCGACCUGGGUAUUUAAACUCCGGGGACACGCCAGAGUCGGGCUUAUGGAAGGGUUAGAAACUGCUUUCGGGAGGUAUCUGGGAACCUGAAGGCUGCCCUGGGAGUUUUCCUAGUCCUGUUUAUUGGUGCUAAUUUUGCCCAGCUUCCUAAUUAGCUAGCUGCACCCAGAGGCAGGAAGAAGGGCCCGGCUUCUUGGAAGUGGCAGUUGUUGAUAGAGGUUUGGAUUUGCUGGGGAUGGGGGAAGGAGACACAGGUUAGGCCCCAGCCUGGCCCUCUCCAAGAAUGCCCCCAAUCUUAUCAGACCUGACAGUGGUGGGAUGCUCAGUGCCCUCUGUCUAGGUUGGGGAGUGGCAAAUGGAAAGAAUACUGCCCCACCUCCUAACGCAUUUCUCCCUAGCUCCCCCUCGCGACCAAAGGCAGGAAGUGCAGCCCCAGUCCAGUUCGUUGCCCCCAGCCAGUCCGGCCUGGAAAGAAAGACAAAUCCCUAGAACCCUGUCCUCUCAUGUCAUCCCUCCUCUGUUGGCCCUGUAUCAAGUCCUAAGUGCCUGUGAGGUCUUCCAGGGGCUUCCAAGGGAGGACAUGGGGCAGGGAGAGGCCUUUACCUCACUCACAAGCACCCCGUCCUGGCUGGUCCUGACCCCGGCUGGGACUGAGCCUUGUGUUUGUUACCCAGGGAUCCAGGAGGUCUCAAGGGUGAUGAACCCUUUUCCCAUCGCGGCCCCAUGAAGCAGAGGGGGAAAGAUCCCCAGUUAUACCCUCUUUCACUGUAUGUGUUAGACAGAGCAGGACACCAGGGAGCACACACACAUUCAGCCCCCUGCCAGCUCAGGACUGCUGAGACCACGGAGCAAUAACCAGGCCUGGUCUAGGUGUCCGCCACUGGGGCACCCUUGGGACAGACACGGCUGUCCAGUCUAACGGGCCACAGAGGUGGCCUCGGGUCCUUGCUCUGCCUGCUCCCAGCCCUCCCCUCCCCAGUGUCUGUGGUUGUGCCUCCACCCUCUGUCUCCCCUCACGUGUGGGUGACUCACGGUACCCCUCGACCUGUUGCCUUCCCUUUCAGAACAGGUCUCGGUGAGGCGGCCUCUCUCUGCUCUUGGCUGCACUCACUUGAAGAGGCCCAGAGGACUCUGGGAAGGCGGGAAAGGGGGUCUUUCUUCCACCACCAUACUUCUGGGGUGAACUGGAUGACUUUGUUCCAUCAGUUCUUCUACAGAGAUGGUGAAGUACUUUAUCCACCUGCCCACCCACCCACUAAAAGCCAUAGCUAUGCCCACCUGGCCUCCCCCGGCUCUAUAGCAAUAGCCCUCUUCCUCCUUCCCUCCUGUGUACCCACGGUGUCUGGCUGGGGGCCCCCAAAACACCCCUACCCCACAGAUCCUCCGGUGGCCUGCCUGCCUUCCCACGUUACCCCAUCAGUACCUCCCACCUCCUGCCCCUCUUCCAGCAAUCAGAGGUAAUGACACUUGUUUGUGAGGUACUUGGAGAUCCCCCAGAUAAAAGGUCCUGAGUGCUGAGGCAGCUGACUCGCUGACUCUCAGCUGAGGUGUCGGGGUGCCUGGGAAAGGAAAUGAGGCAGCCACCCCUCCCCUCUCCACUCAGCAAGCUGGGGGAGGGUUCAAGGCAAAUACAGGGUUCCAAUUUCAACAGAAAUUCUCCUUCCCCAUCCCUGUCCUGGAAAUAAUGGACAAGAGGCUUCCCUCCUCCCGCCUGCCCCUGGGUUUGGAACAGAACCCUUGGGGCAGCAGAAUAAGACAGGGAGUCCGUGGCCUGCCCUUGGCCUCAGUGGUCAGAAGCUCCUCAGCCUUGCGCCCAGCUUCUGGCCCUCCUCCCUCCUAGCCUGAGGGACCCACCCUGCCAAAGGAAAGACCCCCUCCCUCGAGCCCCUAAAAAGUUUGGUUACUAGAAGGGAAAGGAUAGUUUCCUUCCCUCUCCCUGCCCCCCACCUCUCCCCUCUUCUCUGCUGCACAAAUCCCCAUUGGGGGAGGGGCGUAUUGACAUGGACACUCAGGGGCCCUAGUUGGAGUCAGGAGCUGUAGGUGGGGACCCCUCCCCAUUCUGGAAGCCAGUCAGGGACCUGUGGGCAAUACAGCAUGAGGCUUUGUACCCCUGCCCCCCCCAUAACCCACCCACCAUGGCCUGCAGUUUGGGGGACCAGUCCAGGGCUGAAAUGGGGGAGCCCUUCCCCAAACAACCCACAGAACAGAGCUCUCCCUGAUGGACAGGAAGGAGGCCAAGAGGGUGUGGAGUAGCGUCUCCUCAUCACGGAGAGCUGGGGAUCUCUGAGCACCCUCUCGUCGAGGUGCCAGCCUUGAGUGGGGGAUGCGUGAGGCUUCGGAACCACCUGGCAGGAGCCCCAUGGGCACAGCAGAGGCAUCCUGCUCCAAGUUCUCUGUUGGCUGCGCUUUUUAAUCCAAUGCUUUUCAGAGUGUAUUCACUCACCCACAGAAAUAGAGCCCUGUGCUUUAGGGGUGACUGUCA